AUGGCGCAACUCGAUACUCUCGAUUUGGUCGUCCUGGUGGCGCUCUUGGUGGGUAGCGUGGCCUACUUCACCAAGGGCACCUACUGGGCCGUCGCCAAAGACCCUUAUGCCUCGGCCGGUCCGGCGAUGAAUGGAGGCGCCAAGGCCGGCAAGACUCGUGAUAUUGUUGAGAAAAUGGACGAAACUGGCAAAAACUGUGUGAUUUUCUACGGCUCGCAAACCGGUACCGCCGAGGACUACGCGUCCAGACUGGCCAAGGAAGGCUCCCAGCGAUUCGGUCUCAAGACCAUGGUGGCCGAUCUGGAGGACUACGACUACGAGAACCUGGAAAAGUUCCCCGAGGACAAGGUUGUUUUCUUCGUUCUGGCCACUUAUGGCGAGGGUGAACCCACGGAUAAUGCGGUUGAAUUCUACCAGUUCGUCACGGGCGAAGAUGCUGCUUUCGAGAGCGGCGCCACCGCCGACGAUAAGCCUCUGUCUUCUCUCAAGUACGUCACGUUUGGUCUGGGUAACAACACCUAUGAGCACUACAACGCUAUGGUUCGCAAUGUGGACGCCGCUCUCACAAAGUUCGGCGCCCAACGCAUUGGCUCUGCUGGUGAGGGUGACGACGGCGCUGGUACAAUGGAAGAGGAUUUCCUGGCCUGGAAGGAACCCAUGUGGACUGCCCUCUCUGAGGCGAUGAACCUGCAAGAGCGCGAUGCGGUCUACGAGCCGGUCUUCAAUGUCACCGAGGACGAGUCCCUGAGCCCCGAAGAUGAGAACGUUUACCUCGGUGAGCCCACUCAAGGUCAUCUCCAAGGCGAGCCCAAGGGCCCGUACUCUGCGCACAACCCGUUCAUCGCUCCCAUCUCCGAAUCUCGUGAACUGUUCAACGUCAAGGACCGCAACUGUUUGCACAUGGAAAUCAGCAUCGCCGGUAGCAACCUCACGUACCAGACUGGUGACCACAUCGCUGUUUGGCCCACCAACGCCGGUUCCGAGGUCGAUCGGUUCCUGCAGGCUUUUGGUCUCGAAGGAAAGCGCCACUCCGUCAUCAACAUUAAGGGUAUCGAUGUGACCGCUAAGGUUCCGAUUCCCACCCCUACGACCUAUGACGCCGCAGUUCGCUACUACCUGGAAGUCUGUGCCCCCGUUUCCCGUCAGUUUGUCUCGACUCUCGCUGCCUUUGCCCCUGAUGAAGCGACCAAGGCGGAGAUCGUUCGCUUGGGUGGCGACAAGGACUAUUUCCAUGAGAAGAUCACCAACCGAUGCUUCAACAUCGCUCAGGCUCUCCAGAGCAUCACGUCCAAGCCUUUCACCGCCGUCCCGUUCUCCCUGCUUAUUGAAGGUAUCACCAAGCUUCAGCCCCGUUACUACUCGAUCUCCUCGUCUUCCCUAGUUCAGAAGGACAAGAUUAGCAUUACCGCCGUUGUGGAGUCGGUUCGCUUGCCUGGUGAGGAACACAUUGUCAAGGGUGUGACCACAAACUAUCUUCUGGCGCUCAAGGAAAAGCAAAACGGCGAGCCUACCCCUGACCCGCACGGCUUGACUUACUCUAUCACUGGACCCCGUAACAAGUACGAUGGCAUCCAUGUCCCCGUUCACGUCCGCCACUCAAACUUCAAAUUGCCCUCGGAUCCCUCGCGACCUGUGAUCAUGGUUGGACCCGGUACUGGUGUUGCUCCUUUCCGUGGGUUUAUCCAGGAGCGUGCUGCCUUGGCCGCGAAGGACGAGAAGGUCGGAACUACCUUGCUUUUCUUCGGCUGCCGUAAGUCCGACGAAGAUUUCUUGUACAAGGAUGAAUGGAAGGUAUGA